AUGCCUUCUCUCUUCUCAUCUCUCAGCAUCCUAGCGCUCGUCGCUACCCAAGCUUCCUCCCACGUCAUCAUGGUCGAGCCCCACCCCUUCAACCUCGAUACCGAACCCCUCUACCAAACCUGGCCUCUCAGCGAGGAACUCCCCUUCCCCUGCCAAGGCCGCACCCAGCACCCCGAGCAUGUCACAAAGGUAACAGCCGGCAAGACCCAACUCGUCAAGUUCUGGGGCAGUGCAGUGCACGGCGGCGGAUCUUGUCAAUUCAGCGUCGCCUACGGAAAAGAACCUCCCAAGGACCCCAAGAAGUGGCACACUAUCUACAGCGUCAUCGGUGGCUGUCCCGCUGAAGCAGAGGGUAACAUUCCCUCUACCGGUACGGACCCCCACGGUCGUGAGAACGGCGCUGAGUGUGGGAAUGAUACGGGUAAGGAGUGUACUAAGCAGUUCAACAUUCCUAUUCCUAAGGAUAUGCAGAACGGUCCUGCGACUUUUGCUUGGACUUGGUUCAACAAGAUCGGUAACCGGGAGAUGUACAUGGUCUGCUCUCCUAUUGAAGUCGUAGGCGGAAAGGAUGAUAGUAGCUAUGUUGAUACGCUGCCUGCUAUUUUCCGCGCCAACAUUCCUGGGGAGUGUACUACCGGUGCUAGUGGAAGUGUCAUCAACUUUCCUGAGCCUGGUGAUUUUGGAAAGGUUAUUGAGCAGGGUACGCCUGGAAGUGAGGGGACUUGUGCGAAGGGUGUUGAGCCGAACUUCAAGGAUGAUGCUGCUGCGCCUGAGCCCGAGAAGCCUUCUGAGUCUGGUUCUCCCGCCCCCGCUCAACCUAGCGCUCCCGCUCCUGCGCCUGAGCAGCCUUCGGCUCCUGUAGAGGGUGCUCCAGCUGCCCCUUCGGCCCCUGUUCAGCCCAGUCCCCCUGCACCCGCUCCUGAACAACCCUCUGCUCCGGCCGAACCCUCAGCCGUUCAGCCUCCGGCUCCCGCUCAGCCCACCGAUGCACCCGCUCCCGUCGACUCAGCCAAGCCCGAAGCCGGCGCUCCCGCUUGGUCUGGUGAGUUCCAGGCUUGUCCUUCUGAUGUCAAGUCUGGCAUGAUGCACUGUUUCUCCGAGACUACUUGGGGUAUCUGCAACCAGGGUUGGGCUUUUGUCUCCAAGGUUGCUGCUGGUACUAAGUGCAUUGACGGUGCUAUCGCUGCCGAGUAA